AAAGGAGUCACGGCAUCCAUCAUCAUAACCACCACCACUACAGUCAUCAUCACAAACACACCAAAGCAAAUAAAAGGAUUACAGUACCAAAAGCUAUAGAUGAUGAUUAUGAACUGAAGAGUGAGUGAAUGACUGUAUGAGAGAGAGAGAGAAGGAUUAGGGACGUGAAACUGGUUCACACACACCGCCCUAAUGUGUUUCACCCAGUUUUUUCUUUACGUUUGGCCGAAAGCUAAAGGAUUCAAUAGAGAGAAAGAAGAAAAAGGAAAAUGGAACUAACAUUUCAAGUAAAUAAAUAGAUGAAAAGAAUGUGGUUCACUCACAUUCUUCUGUCGUGUUUCCACACCUAUUUAACUAGUCAAUAAACUUGGAAGUUUUCCCAAGAAUUAUUAUUGUUAUCAUCAUUAUUAAUAUUAUCACAGUUACCAUUGCAAAUUUUUUGUUGAAUUUACUUUGUCACAAAAUUAUUUGAGGAGGUAUAUGACGUCGUUUUUCAAUAUACAAUAAGUACCCUAAUGAACUACUGAUAAAAAUAAUCAGCGACGUUGAAUGAAACAACAGGAUUUAAUAAAAUCAAUUUUUCAGUCUGCGAUAUCAGAAAAAAGAAACACUGAAAUCCACUGGAAUUGAAAGUAAUGACCUCAUCAGCUGCAAUUUAUGAACCAUUUAAUUCAGAAAUCCAGUAUUCUGCAUUGACGUCAAUAAGUUUGAAUACUACCGGUGCUAUUGGAGUUAGGCCUAUAACACCUGUUGUUACCGCUGCAACUGGUACCAUCUCCACCACUAAUACUACUGUCAUCAAUCAAGAAAGUAGUACAGUUCAUGAAAAUAACAAUUUACCAGUACGAUGCAAGUCAUUAGAAAUAAAACCCUCUGAAAAGUCUUUGACUAAUUCAAUAACAAAGAAACGUCAUAGAAGUACGGUUGAUAAUGGAUGCAGUCAUUCGAAUACAAUAAAUCCUGCAAUAAAUUUAACAAUUCAUAGUUCUAAAAGUAAUUUAUGUUUAUCGCAUGAUGGAGAACAAAGGAAUCAAGAAGACUUUAAGACUGAUAAAAAGAGACGUAAAACGGCAGAAAAUACUGCUGUUCCCUCUGGUCCAAACAGUUCAGAUAAGAUGGUUUACAAGCCUAUUACUAAAUCAGUCGAUUACGGAAGUGUCUAUGACUAUCCAAAAUUGAAGUCUGGUCAACAUCGUCAUCCUCAUCAUCAAAAGCAAUGGCAGGAACAGCAGCCACAACAACAGAUGAAUGUGAAUGAAAACUCUGAAAUGAGUCUUUAUGAGCAAAUGGGUAUGACAGAAGCUGGUACAAGUGUAGUACACCGUAAUCAAAUUCAUUUGAAGCAAUUAUCUUCAUCAUCAUCAUCAUCAUCGUCAUCAGUAUUAUCAAUGAGAAAGAACUGCACAAAUGACAGUCAAGUAAAUGCCUUGCAUGAUGCGACUACAGUUGACACUUGCAAUAAUAAUCUUGAAGAUGAAGUGGAUAAUGAGUUGUCUUCAGCCUCUGAACUGACUACUGCUGCUUAUAACAAUUUUGUACGUCGAGUAGUUGAUGAUACAUUGGAUCGUACAGUUACAUUUUGUGAACAACCGAAACACGCUAUUACAGCCUUAGAAAAUAUAUGCGCAAGAGCAUGGCCUCAGUUAGACGUGAAGCGUCAUCGUAAUCGAAUUCGUGCUUAUCUUAAAGCGUGUAGACGUAAUUCAAAGAAGAAUAAAGGUCAGAUCAAUAUGAAAGAACCUCCAGCAAAUGGACUAUCGAUCGAAGCUAGACAGCUAGUGUCUAAAGCAUUAUUAUUGGUAGCUGAUGACUUAGACUAUUUGAAACACACAAUGCAAACGGAAAAGACCAAGAAUAGACCAAUAUUCUCCACAACGAUGGAUAGUUCAGUUCAGAAAUCCAUCUUUACAUCUGGUAAUACUAAAAGACCACCUAAUCAACAACCACGAAACGUGGGUGUGUUAAACACUUCUAAUGUAUCGCAUACUUAUGAUCAAAAACACGAUCUACCUAAUUUAUUAGAAAACAAUGAUAAAUUAGAAUUUAAUAAAAAUCUUUGGAAUACACCGAACAAUUUAAUCAACAAUAUGAUGAAUAAUACAGGAUUUCCGUUCACCGAUCCCUUAUUUUGGUCUAAUUCACUUCUACAGCAUACAAAUAUAGACUCGAAUUGUUUAACAGCUGCUGCUGCAGCAACCUUAGCUGCUAUUAACCCUGCCAAUAUAUUGAAAUUAUUACCUGCUGCAUUACAGCUGAACAACAACAAUAAUAAUUCAAUGAAUCCAUCUCCUCCUUCUCCUCCUCCUCCUCCACCUGCUUAUGCUACUUCAGCAUAUUCAAAUAAUGACAAUCAUAUUAGUAAUACCAAUAUGGUGAAUAACACCAAUGACGCUAGCAGUAAUCGUGAAGGUAGUCAAGAUAAGAAAAGGAAAGGACAACAAUCUACACGGAAAGUAUCGCCCCAUAAAUUGUUAGAUGAUGGAUUUAUUGAUAACAGUUUACACAAUGUUGACAAUGGUGAUAAUACUGGUCACAGUAACAUGACAAGUUUUUAUUUCAAUGAAAAUAAAUAUUCACCGAUGGACAGACAGUUUAAUACAGGAUUAGAUACAAGUGAACAGUCAAACUUGUUAAACUUUGAUAAUUCACCUUUUAUAGGUGCCAUUAGUGAUGGUAAUAAUCUUACUUAUUGCUGUCCGCCACCAGCGCAUUGUAGUUCAAUGCAGUACAGUCCUACGAUAAAUCAAGCUUUAGAAAGGCUAACACAUACAGGAUUAUUAACUCAUGAUGAUAUCGAAUUUUUUCUACAAAAUUCAGAAGUUACCAAAGCAGCAAUAAAACAACUUCGUUGUCGAAUAGAUUUAAUCUUGGAAAAAAUGGAAAUUAUUGAAAAUCAGAUAGAAUAUUUGUCGGAUAGUUCCAAAACAAUGCCAUUGAACCUGUCUUGAUCAUAAAUACACAUAAUACAUAUUUUUUUGUACAUACCACUUAACUGAACAACAUGUAUAAAAAGAGGCAACACAACCAAUAAAUUAAUAACUGUGUAUCCAGUCAAUAAAAAAAACAUAAUUAUGAGAAUUGUGAGUAAUUUGCCCGAUCUGUUAGUUGUUUGCUUUUCAGUGUAUUAUUACCCUGAAAAUGAUGGAUUACUAUUACAGAAAUACUAAAGAUUGUUUAGCAUGUACAUUGGUUAAUCACUGGCUGUAAAAUGGUUAGUUGAUAAGUGUGUUGUCUAAUUUUGGCAUAUUGAAUAUUUAGUUUCAAGUUGAAUCACUUGUUCUCUUUGUACAGUAUAAAUGAUGUAAAGCUUAAGAAAAGUUAUAAAGAAA